AUGCUUGCAAUUCGACUGUUGCCAACUCGGGCAGCCCAGGGAUCCCGAGUCCUCCAGGGCAAUGCCCGAUUUUCGCUCCAACAGCAGGGAGCCCUGUGCAUUCGAGGCACGUUUCGCCCUCGGUGCAUCUCCAACCUAACUAGAUCAUCGGGUUUAGCCCGGUUACCUACCAGUCAAUUACGAAUUCGGGGAUGUCAGGCUCCCUCCUACAGGACGUCCCUGCUCAUCAAGAGAUGGUCAACAUCUAAAGGGCCGGAAGACCCAAAGGAGUCCCACGAAUCGGGCUCCAAAACGUUGAGCUCGGCCACAAAACGCAUUCUUUCGAAAAUUCCCCUGCAAUCAAGCCAUGAGAAUAUCUACACAGUCCCUAAUAUCCUCACAUUCUCCCGACUGGUCGCCGCGCCCGUUGUGGGGUACCUACUCGUGCACAACUACCAUGCUGCCGCGCUAUCACUGUUCGCAUAUGCAGGCAUCACCGACUUGAUUGAUGGCUGGAUCGCCCGAAAGUAUCAUCUACAGACGGUCGUAGGCACGAUCAUCGACCCAAUGGCCGACAAGCUGUUGAUGACGGUCGGAGUGGCCUGCCUGGCAGUCAACGGGUCUCUGCCCGUAUGGCUCGCCGUUAUCAUUCUCGGUCGAGACGUUGGUCUAGCCAUCUCGGCUAUCUAUUACCGCUGGAUCUCGCUUCCGCCGCCUAAGACCAUGGCUCGGUACUGGGACUUCUCUCUCCCUUCGGCUGAAGUCAGGCCCACCGAGAUCUCCAAAAUCAAUACAGCGCUCCAGCUAGUGUUAGUUGGCAGUGCGAUCGCCCUUCCCGUGGUCCCCGAGGCGGUCAUUAGUGCCUGGCAUUUGAGCGAGGCCAUGACUGCAUUCCAGUACCUUGUGGCGGGCACAACCAUUUGGUCUGGUCUGAGCUAUGUCUUCUCCAACAACGCAGUGAAGAUUCUCUCGAAAGAAGAAGUCCAGAAGCGAAUCGCACAGGCCGCAGCGAAGAGAAAGCUCUAG